GGCCACCACGGCCGGAUUGCCGACGCCUGGCGCUACAGAGCGCCUUGGAGAGGAUAAGGAGGCCGUCCCCGAUGUCGUGGACAAACCCUAGCUGCUUUUCCACUUCCCCUCGCUUGCUCUCCUCUCCACAACACGCGCCCGAGACGCCGUCGCCGCCUCUCGUCGAUCCCGCGGCCACUGGCCUCCCCUCGUCCCGCCAAGAGGUCCAGGAGAACCGUCGUGGUCUACUUCGUCUACCCCGAGCACUGAAUCGAGCAAUGAAGGCCCGUACACUCGCCAUCGACCUCAUCUUCAAUGCGUACAUCGCCGGCGUCCGGCGUCGAUUGCCGCCACUCCGGUCCACCUCCGGCCUCCCCGACCUCGCCUUCGUGCUCACUAUGACGGAGCCCAGGAGUCAGACGACGCCACUGACGACUACUACUACCCGGAGGAUGCCUACUACUACGUGACGGCCGCUGACGACUUGGAGUAGUUAGGAGGCUCCUAGGCAGGAG